CGUGUCUGCUCUGUAUGCAAGGAGGGAUGGAAUUUUGGAGAGCGUUUGGAGGAAGAGAAUGGUUUACUGGUUACAGUGCUGUGUUGGAUAGCAGGAACCGCCGCUGCUGAAAUAAAGAAUAAUGCGAAGACGCGGAUGGACGAAGUGGAAGAUGGGGCUUGGAAAUCGAUUAAGCAAAUCAAAUAUUGCUUUUAAAGCAUAGCAUUUGGUUAGACGACAGAUGGUUUUACCACGGACACAGAAACCAAAAGAAAAGGGAGAUUCAGCAAGAGGAAAGUGACCAGGCGCUCAAUGUUUAUGGACAGACCAACGCAUCUCUGGCAAAUGUAAUGGAAACAAUAUCUCUGCUCCAGUUUCUCUUUGAAAUGUAGCAAGGGAAACAAAUAACUAACUCUCAGGGCUAAUCAAGCAGUGGUUGAGUUUGAAAGUGGAUGCACUCAAAGCACUGUGCCCUGUCAUGCACAACACCAUGUUAAAGCAACAAAACUGGAAUAACACUGAGCAUUCAGUCCAGCCAAUGAGAAAGCCAUGGAAAAAGUUAGUGGAAAAUGUACAGUAUAAGCCUCAAUUGUGACUCUUUUUUGCCCCAUAUAUUAAGCGACGUCUCAAAAACUGGUUUUCUUGUCCACAACCAUUCUGUGUUUUCUCAGAAGGGAGCCUCAGUUUCACUUUGGCUUUAUGACAACACUAAGGACAGCUGCAAUCAACUUGGAAAAGCACAUGUGGAGCCAACAGAAUGGAUAUUCGAUUUUACAGCUGGCCCACUCUGGGUUAAAAAUGUGAGGGCAAGGAAAGCCCUAUGAGGAAUAGUCGGAAUAGCAGUAUCUCAAAAUGGCCCAAACCAGUUUGCUGCAGGGUAAGCGUUUUUACUGCAGGGACUGGGUCUUCCACAAGAUCCAGCACUGCAUCCGGGAAAAAACGAAUGGCCUGAGUGGUGUGACCACCACUCCCAGCAAGCAGUCCUCUGCCUCCGGUACUAGCGCACCCAACCCCAGCGGCAGUUCCGCAGCAGGCUCUGCGAAGGCCACCACCUGGGGGGUGUUGCUGGUGGGGGGGCCUGGGAGUGGGAAGACGGCCCUAUGCACAGAGCUCCUGUGGCCCACCUCAGCCCAGGGUGCUCAUCGGGGGCUGCAGCAGCAGAGUUUGGCAUUCCAUUUUUGCCGUGCGGACGACUCGGACACACUCUGCCUUGGCGGCUUCAUCCGAGGCCUGGUGGCCCAGAUCUGCCAGAGCGGCCUGGUGCCGGAUUACAAGGAGAAGGUGCAUGAACCAGCGGUGCAGAGCGCCCUGCAGCCCGGGGAGUGUGAGAGAAACCCCACUGAGGCUUUCAAGAGGUGUGUUCUCCUCCCACUCUUGAGCGCCAAGCCGCCUCAGCAGGCCCUCUUCCUCCUGGUAGACUCUAUUGACGAAGGCUGUCAGCUGGGUGAGGGCGAACAGAGGUCUUCAGGCUCAGACACCCCCAGAACCAUCGCUGAGCUUCUGGCCAGCCACCAUGAGUUCUUCCCACCCUGGCUCCUCCUCAUCUGCUCAGCACGCCGACAGAACAAGGCCAUCACCAAACUGUUCACAGGAUUCCGUAAAAUCAGCCUGGAUGACCUUCGUAAAGCCUACAUCGUCAAGGACGUGCAGCAGUACAUCCUCCACAGACUCGACCAGGAGGAGGCCCUUCGCCAGCAUCUUACCAAGGAGACGGCCGAGAUGCUAAACCAGCUGCACAUCAAAAGCAGCGGCUGCUUCCUGUACCUGGAGCGAGUGCUGGAUGGGGUGGUGGAGAACUUCAUCAUGCUGCGAGAGAUCCGCGACAUCCCCGGCACGCUCAACGGCCUCUACUUGUGGCUCUGCCAAAGGCUGUUUGUACGGAAGCAGUUUGCCAAAGUCCAGCCCAUCCUCAACGUGAUCCUCGCCACCUGCAGGCCGCUUACUGUCAAGGAGCUUUACUAUGCUGUCUGGACCAAAAACAUGGCCCUCACCAUGGAGGACUUUCAGAAGAAGAUGGACAUCCUCUCCAAGUUGUUGAUCGAUGGCCUCAGAAGUACUAAGAUCCUCUUUCACUACAGUUUUGCCGAGUGGCUCCUGGAUGUUAAGCAUUGUACCCAAAAGUACUUGUGUAAUGAAGCGGAGGGACAUAGAAUGAUGGCAAUGAGUUACACUUGCAGGGCCAAGCAGCUCAAACCGCUGGAGGUGCAGGAGUUUGCCCUGCAUCUGAUCAAAUCCAACCUGAAGAUAGACUCUUUCAACCUGGCUCUUUGGAUGGUGUGGAAUGGCACACCCACUAAAGACUCUCUUUCCACCUCCAUACCUAAAGAACAGGAGGUGCUGCAGCUUCUGGUCAAAGCUGGGGCUCAUGUCAACAACGAGGACGACCAUGCCUCCUGCAUAGUGCAGCAGGCACUGGAGAGAGAGGAUUCCAUUCGGACAUUGCUAGACAAUGGGGCCUCUGUGAACCAAUGUGACUCCAGUGGCAGAACUUUGCUGGCCAAUGCUGCGUACAGUGGAAACCUGGAUGUGGUGAACUUUCUCAUAUCCAGGAGAGCCAACAUGGAGCUGGAGGACAGCCAUGGACAAACGGCACUUACUCUUGCUGCAAGACAAGGGCACACUAAGGUGGUCAACUGCCUCAUUGGCUGUGAGGCAAACAUCAAUCACACAGACCAUGAUGGGUGGACCGCCCUUAGGUCUGCGGCCUGGGGUGGGCAUUCAGAGGUGGUGUCUGCUCUCCUCUACGCCGGUGCCAAAGUUGACUGUGCUGAUGCCGACAGCAGAACCGCCUUGAGAGCCGCAGCUUGGGGAGGCCAUGAAGACAUCGUGCUGAACCUCCUCCAACACGGGGCAGAAGUCAACAAAGCAGACAAUGAAGGAAGGACGGCUCUCAUUGCAGCGGCAUACAUGGGGCACAGAGAAAUCGUAGAGCACCUCUUGGAACAUGGGGCAGAGGUGAACCAUGAAGAUGCGGACGGAAGGACAGCACUCUCAGUUGCUGCUCUCUGUGUGCCUGCCAGUAAAGGUCAUGCCUCUGUCGUAAGCCUCCUCAUUGACAGGGGUGCAGAGGUCGACCACUGCGACAAAGACUGCAUGACACCCCUCCUUGUGGCUGCCUAUGAAGGACAUGUGGACGUAGUUGAUCUGCUGCUGGAAGGUGGAGCUGAUGUGGAUCACACUGACAACAAUGGCCGAACUCCUCUUCUUGCAGCAGCAUCCAUGGGCCAUGCCUCUGUUGUCAAUACCCUGCUUUUCUGGGGUGCAGCUGUAGACAGCAUCGACAGUGAAGGAAGAACUGUUCUGAGCAUAGCGUCUGCUCAAGGGAAUGUAGAGGUGGUCCGAACUCUGCUGGACAGAGGGCUGGAUGAAAAUCACAGAGAUGACUCAGGCUGGACCCCACUGCACAUGGCCUCAUUCGAGGGUCACCGGCAAGUAUGCGAUGCCCUCAUUGAGCAAGGUGCCCGAUGCACAGAGGUGGAUAACGAUGGUCGAAUACCCCUGAUAUUGUCUGCGCAAGAGGGCCACUAUGACUGUGUCCACAUUCUUCUGGAAAACAAGUCUUGCAUCGACCAGAGAGGUUACGAUGGGAGGAAUUCUCUCAGGGCGGCUGCACUGGAAGGCCACAGGGAUAUUGUUGAACUGUUGCUGAGUCAUGGUGCUGAUAUAGAUUAUAAAGACGCAGACGGACGCCCAACAUUAUACAUAUUGGCACUUGAGAAUCAGCUAGCAAUGGCGGAGUACUUCCUGGAAAAUGGGGCAAAUGUGGAAGUCAGCGACACAGAGGGAAGGACAGCCCUCCACGUGUCCUGCUGGCAAGGGCAUGUAGAAAUGGUCAGGAUGCUGAUCAACUAUCAUGCCGACGUGAACUCUUGUGACAACGAGAAACGAUCCGCCCUCCAGUCAGCAGCUUGGCAAGGCCACGCAAACGUUGUGCAGUUCUUGAUUGACAAUGGCACUCACGUGGAUAAUACAUGUAAUCAGGGGGCAACAGCGCUUGGCAUUGCUGCCCAAGAGGGGCACAGAGAUGUAGUGCAGAUCCUUCUGGAGCAUGGCGCUGACCCCAACCACGCAGACCAGUUUGGACGCACAGCCAUGCGUGUGGCUGCAAAAGGGGGGCAUUCAAUGAUCAUCAAACUUCUUGAGAAGUAUGGGGCCUCGAGUCUUAAUGGCUGUAGUCCUUCGCCAGUACACACUAUGGAACAGAAAAUCCCACUCUCUGUAUCUGGGAAAAUGCACUCCCUCACAAUCAAAUCCAACAGCUCUGGCAGCACAGGGGCUGGAGAUAUGCAGUCAUCUGGACGUGGUUUACAGAACGGUCCUGUCAACGCCUUCAGCUCCCCUUCGGAAUCUCCUGACUCUACCGUGGACAGACAGAAGUUGUCUCUCUCAAAUAAUUCCCUCAAAAGUUCUAAGAACUCCUCACUGAGAACCACCUCGUCCACAGCGACUGCACAGACUGUGCCGAUAGAUAGUUUCCACGGAAUGACCUUCACAGAGCAAAUCCAGCAACACUCUCUGCCUCGCAGUCGGAGCCGACAAUCCAUCGUCUCACCUUCCUCCACCACCAAGUCCAUUGGACAUCAGCCGGGGUCUCCAAGUGAAUUUGACUGGGCUCAGGUUAAGCCAAGUCUCAAGUCGACCAAAGGGAGUAAGACCGAAAAUACCACAUCCAACAGCAAAGGGGGGUCUGGAGACAAGAAAAGGCUCAAGAGCAUUGGCUCAACCCAGGGUCAGGUGUUAGAAUAUGAGAUGACCCAGUUUGAUAAGAGGAUUGCGCUCAACAAGUCUGUAGCGAGCAUUGCGGUGAAAGAUCCUCAUUGCAAGAUCAUGGUUGGUGGCUCCACCCAGCCAGAAGUGGGACUGACCCAAGAGCAGUUGUUCAUCCAACAGCAGAGCAUUGCAGAGAAGAAGCGAAAUGGCAUUAUGACCAACCCCAACUACCAUCUUCAGGGCAAUCAGGUUUUCCUCGGGAGGGUUUCUGUCCAUAGGACUGUACAGAAUAGAGGACACCAGGACGUUCUGGAGAACUACCCUAUAGGGGAGACUGAAUUAAGCCUUAAACAAGUCUUGAAACUGCAGAUAGAAGGAUCUGACCCUGGGUUUAACUACAAAAAGGAGACUCCAUUAUAGCUGAUGUCUUGAAUGCCAUUCGUCAUGCAGACAUCGGAGGGAAUGUGCCAAAGCAACUAUUUUCAUCCGCAUAAGAACCGAUUGAAUUGUUUUCCACUCUCAAGUGGAACACCUCAGAAAACCUAAGGGAAGAAUGUUGAUCGCUGCACAAGGCUUACAUGAACUGAUACUUCAAUGUGCCUACAUCUGUUACAGUCUUCUCAGUGUAAUCAUGCACACUAUCAUUUAAUUUAAUGUAUUGAUAUUUAUGCAGUGUAUGCACUUUUUAAAAAGAGAAUGACAAACAUGCAUUUGUUCAGUCUCCUGUUUAUGCUCAUGUGUUUCAAACUAAUUGUUCAAAAGGAUCAUAUAUUUUUUUUGUGUGUUGUUUUGUCCUGCAAUCAUACACACCAACAGCAAUUCACCGCUGAGUACAUUGUCCCAUCUGAUCAGAGGGACAUCAAGAUAAUCGAUGACAUGGGAUAAUGUUGCACGCGUUGAUACUCUGUCUUUCUGAAAACCCCAAAUAAUCGGUGUUAACUUUGUUCAGUGUGCUAAGCAUAUACUAUAUAUAACAAAGUAUGUGGACACCCCUUCAAAUGAGUGGAUUCUGCUAUUUCAGCCCCACAAGCGCGCAGAAAUGCAAUCUCCAUAGACAAACAUUGUCAGUAGAAUGGCCUGAAGAACACAGUGACUUUCAACAUGGCACAGUCAUAGGAUGCCGCCUUUCCAACAAGUCAGUUUGUCAAAUUUCAGCCCUGCUAGAGCUGCCCCGGUCAACUGUAAGUGCUAUUAUUGUGAAGUGGAAAUGUCUAGGAGCAACAACGGCAUGCCUUGAAGUGGUAGCUCAGAAUAGGACCACUGAGUGCUGAAGCGCGUAAAAAUGGUCUGUCCUCGUUUGCAACACUCACUACCGAGUUCCAAACUGCCUCUGGAAGCAACGUCGGCACAAUAAGUGCUCCUCGGGAGCUUCAUGAAAUGGGUUUCCAUGGCUGAGCAGCCGCACGCAAACCACACACAAGUAUAAGGCUCGCCGCCAUUGUACUCUGCAGCAGUGGAAACGUGUUCUCUGGAGUGAUGAAUCACACUUCACCAUCUGGCAGUCCGACGGAAGAAUCUGGGUUUAGUGGAUGCCAGGAGAACGCUACCUGCCCCAAUGCAUAGUGCCAACUAAAGUUUGGUGGAGGAGGAAUAAUGGUCUGGGGCUGUUUUCAUGGGGUUUGUAGCCUAGUGGUUAGGUAGCCUAGUGGUUAGAGCGUUGAACUUGUAACUGAAAGGUUGCUAGAUCAGAGCUGAUAAGGUAAAAAUCUGUUGUUCUGCCCCUGAACAAGGCAGUUAACACAGGCUGUCAUUGAAAAUAAGAAUUUGUUCUUAACUGACUUGCCUCAUUAAAUAGAAAAUGGUUCAGGCUAGGCCCCUUAGUUCCAGUUAAGGGAAAUCUUAGUGCUGUGACAUUCUAGACAAUUCUGUGCUUCCUACCUGUUUCAGCAUGUCAAUGUGCACAAAGUGAGGUCCAUGCAGAAAUGGUGUGGAAGAACUUGACUGGCCUGACCUCAGCACCUUCGGGAUGAAUUGGAAUGCCGACUGUGAGUCAGGCCUAAUCGCCCAACAUCAGUGUCCGACCUCACUAAUGCUCUUGUAGCUGAAUGGAAGCAAGUCCCACAACAAUGUUUCAACAUCUAGUGGAAAGCCUUCCCAGAAGAGUGGAGGCUAUUAUAGCAGCAAAGGGGGACCAACUCCAUAUUAAUGCCUAUCAUUUUGGAAUGAGCUGUUUGACAGGCAGGUGUCCACAUACUUCUGGUCAUGUAGACUAUGCUGUGUGUAAUAUGAUAAUAGUUAAGGCAAUUUGCUAUACAAGUAUAAUCAAGCAUAUUUAUUUAGGAAAAAGCCACUUUCAUUUGUAUUGUAAGCUCUAUCAUGGUGCUGUGUUCAAAAAAUUCCUGCAGUUAUUUUGGACUCCAUUUUGGUCGUCUUGAAACUAUUUUCUUUGCUGUGUGUAUUGUAGUACUGCAGACACAGUAGCUAAGGGGGAGAGUUCGUUGAAAACGUUACACAAAUGUGAUUUCAUUUUGUCCCUGUGGGACUUUUCAUUUGUUUCUGUGUGCAUUUAAAGGGAUUAAAAUAACCGUUAGUAUACUGUCAACUACAGAGUUUGGUGCUGAAUGCAAAGGUUUCAAAGCUUAAGCCGGGUUGAAUGCAUUCGUUGACAGAAUUCUAUAUAUAACCUGCAAUGCAAGAAACUAAAUUCAAGCUUUGUUUCCCCUAUUGUAGUGUGGCUAUGUUUUGAUAAUUGCAGUAUAUUUUGUGGCAAGACACAAAAAAGGCUUAAGGUUUACUUGUCACGACUUCACCUAGUAGUAGACUUCAAUAAUAUGAUGUUUUUAAGCCAUUGUUUGAAAUGUAUGCUUAUCAUGCCAAAGUUGAAACAGCUUUUUUCUUCUUCGCCCGAGCGGCUGCAGAUCAGUUACCCCAGCUCUGGCUCCGCUGGCAAGGGAGGGUCCUGGAGAUGGUGCUUUGGGAUUGGAAACAUGUGUUUCUAAUGGACUAUGUGGAGCUGUGUGAGCAUUUGCGAGUCAUAUUUUUGCAGGCUUUUCACAAUGUUAACAGUGAGCAAUUUUGUGCCAAGAGAAAGAAAAAAACGUAAAGCUGUCGCAUGCACAAACACAUACGGUAUAAGCCCAAGUCAAAGCCCUCCGCUCUCCGGUACAGCUUGAAGGUGUGCUACAGUAUGAAGGUAUAAAGGAAGGUCUCAUUUUAGGAUAAAUUCUGGACAAGUAUUCAAACUUGUUUCGCCAUCUAUCAAACUGUCAUUACUUGUCUUGCCUGUGUCGUCUGUAAUAUCGUUUUGAAUUGACCCUAAACAAUUUGAUUGUAAAUAGCUUACCAUGUACAUUGAACUUUUCAUUUAAAAACGUAUUUCCUGUACUCUAUUAAGCCACAUUUUUUGAUGUAUAUUAAAGUGCUUAAUAAACAUAUUUGCUUUA